UUUAUUUAUUUUCGUAAAGAAAGAUUGAUCGAAACAUGAGACUUAGUCAAUUUUAAAAUUUAAAUAAAAAUCUUAUUAAUUAUUAGCUACCGUUCUAUUUAAAUUUAAAACAAUCAGUUCGAUCUUCUCUAACAUUUAAUUUUUAGGAAUUUGAAUUUUAUAUCACUUCUGUAUUUAGCGUUGAUUAAUUAAUUUAAAAAUUAGUUUCCAACUUUUUUUUGUAGUGUAAGUUUAAUUUAAGUUUAAUUUAAGUUUAUUUAAGAGGUUAAGACUAUAAUAUAAUCAAGUUAAUUAAGACAUCAAAUUUCUAUCUAGUCAUCAAGUGUCUGUUGUUUAGUAAGUUUGACUUUUAAGUUUUAAGUGUUAAGUUUGAAAGUUAAAAUUUUGAAAAGUUUUAAUAAUGUUAGUAGUUAGUACUGUUAAUUUUAUUUUAGUUGUUUUAGUUAGUUUUAGAUUGUUAAAGUUAAACUAAUAGUUAUUGGUUGAUAAGUAAAUAGUUUUUAGUAAAAUUUUUCGAAAAAAAGUUGAGAUUGUAUUAGACCAGGACAUCAACAUCCAACAUCACAAUCAAAUCAAGAAUCGACUCAACCUAACUAAGUUAUGGGACCAAAAAAAGGUCGACCUAAGAAAUCAGAAAAGGAAAGUCUGUUGUUAACUCGUAAGAUUUUUUGUUCAGAAGUUGUUAUAAAAAAAAAAACAUUUAAUUUUUUUUUUAUUAUAAAUAUUUGUACAAAUUUUUAGUUAGUCAGCAGACAGUCAUGGGUAAAGGUUGUAAUGCAGAGGUGAAAAAGGUUUUGAAGCCCACCAGAGGAAGACCAGCCAAGAGGAAAUUUGAAACUUCAACUUUGUCUUAUAGUGGUGUCACUGAAUCAGCAUCUGGAAAGGAGUCUGUGGUAGUAGCCAGAACAUCUUCAAGAGGUAGAGGUAGAAGGAAAGUGACUCUAAGCGUGCAUCCAUCAUUGUCUGAUAGUAACGUCAGUGAUGAUGCAGUUACACCAGUUGAGACUCAGUCUAAAUGUUCAAGUGCACAUGAAUGUUCAAACAUUAACAACAAUCCUGAAGUUUGUGCAGAAAAGAUUUGCAAUGGUUUCAUAAAGAAGUAUCAAAAGUCGUAUAAUUAUAAUGAAAAUUUUGCUAGUGGCAGCGAAACAGCAUCAAACAUGAAUUCAAAGAUUGUAGAAAAUGGAGAUCAUAGGUUAAACAAAUCACCAACAGAGCUUAACACAAAGUCCAGUAUAGAAUCUUCAUCCUCACCAUCAUGUCCAACUACUGUGGAAUGCAACUCACCCACUGCACCAGCAACAGGCAACAACUAUUUAAACAGCAACGUGCAACAACAGUCUACACCUGUAACAACUGACGAUGUACAGACACAAUCAUCAUUGGUGUCACCAUCACUGACCUCUGGGGAUGUUCCCCUGAAGAAGAGAAGGUUACGAGAUGUGGUGAUAAAAGAUGAUGAUGGUUUUGUCAUUCCCUCACCUUAUUUGAUUCCAACACAAAUCUUCCAAACAAACAAUUUCAACGAUCGAGACACAAAUAUAAAUAAUUCAAACAAACUCGAAACAACAGCAAUAUACAAACCUGAUGCAAUGACAAACAGCAGCAACAACAAUGAAAGCACCAAUAUUUUUGACUAUUCCACAACAAACAAUGAUGCUAAAGAUAUUGUUAAGAGUAUCCCAGAUGAUAGCACGACAACAACAACCAUCACGAAAACAUAUGACCCAGUAACUGAUUCCCUAACUAGUCAGACAGCAGUUGAAAUUAACAAAAAGUCUAAUGGAUUAUUGUUAGGAGCUCAUGUUUUAUACACAG